AAGCCAUUGGAUUGGGCGCCCCACACAGAUGCAUGCAUCUCUCUCUCCUCCCCUUUCUCUCUCCUUCUAUAUAAAACCCCAAACAAUUCCCUUCCCCAUUGAUCCUAAUCCAUUUCUCACUCCCCACCUUCAAACGGUUUCUUCAAAUCUGUACCUUUUCUUCUUUUAAAAUCUUUUUGCCGUUGAGAAUUUUCUAUGGAAGCAUUGAUGAGGAGCUCCUCUUCUUCUUCCUCGUCUGAUUCUACGUCGUCGGAUUCUUCAUUCUCCGGCAAGGCGUCGAGGCGGCCGGAGAAGAUCAAAGGGCCGUGGAGCGCGGAGGAGGACCGGAUUUUAACCCAGCUCGUCGGCCGGUACGGGCCGAGAAAUUGGUCGUUGAUUAGCCGGUAUAUUAAGGGCCGGUCCGGGAAAUCGUGCCGGCUCCGGUGGUGUAACCAGCUGAGCCCGAGUGUGGAGCACCGGCCAUUUUCUCCGACGGAGGAUGAGACCAUUUUGGCCGCGCAUGCCCGGUUCGGCAACCGGUGGGCCACCAUUGCGCGGUUGCUUCCGGGCCGGACCGAUAAUGCCGUUAAGAAUCAUUGGAACUCGACGCUAAAGCGAAGGGCGAGGGAACGACAGCAGCAAUUAGUUAUGGACGGAAUUGCCCCUGAAAAUCAUGGAAAUUCCGUGAACCUCCCCAGCGACUUGAAGCUGUCCGUACCUGAUCUGGAGGAUGACCCGUUGACCGCUUUGACUCUGGCACCGCCGGGGAUCGGCGGGGCCGACCCUAGAGCCGCGGCGGUGGACGACCGGCGGAUCGAGAGUCUGCCGGUGGGGUUUUGGGAUGCAAUGAGGGACGUGAUAGCAAGGGAGGUGAGGGAAUACAUGACGACGACGUUUAUGGAAAAUCCGGAGCUUCACUGACAAAAAAUUUGCCGGUCUCUGUCUGUGUGCUCGGUGUCUUUUUUUUUUUUUUCUCUUCUCCCCAUAGAAAGUUGUAUUAAUUUCUUGUUAAUAUAAUGAUUCAUUAAAAAAAGUUAAAAAUUUGAAAUCCGACGUGGCAAUACAGGCUGGCUUCGAUUGGCAUAUUAUUGCAUUCAACUGCUUUUUUUGGUAUGAUGUUAUAAAGACACGUUUGGAUGGAAUUAGAGUGGCGUUAAAGGUCGGUGUCGUGGUUUGCUUCAACUGUCAUAUCUCUGUAUUCUAUGUGUGAAAUUUCAUUUUUAAAAACACAUGGAAGUUUAAGAUACGGACUGAAUAUGUUAGGAACUUUCCUAUUUGGAUCCUGGAAUUUGAUUGAUGGGUAUAAAUAUUACAUAUCGUGCUGUAUAUGUACAUAAAA